GGUUUGGGGGUGGAGAGUGGAGGGAGGGGCAGGAGGGCAGAGCUACACAAGCCGGCAGUCCACUGCUUUGGCUUUGCUGUCUGCAGAGAGGACUUCAGUCGUGCCUGAGGGCCGCUUGGCCACCAUUGCUGGAGACCGGAGGGUGCUGCCUCCCCACCCUGACUUACUGGCACGGCACCCAGACUAUUCCAAGUGGACGUUGUGCUAGCUUUUCCCUGGGAGGCAAGUCUCCUCCCUGUUGUCCCCUCCUGCUCCUCCCCCGUUCUGUGAGGGAUGAUGCCGCUCUCUAUUGCACGGCUCAGCCGGCUGAUGUCACUGGCAGCGGGAAGCAUCAGCAGCCUGAUCACAUGCUGGCCCAGUCUGUAAUGCAGACGGGAUAGGGGUGUGUGUGUGGGGAGGGGGCUGUAUGGCAACUGCUCUUGCUCUAACGCCCCCAAAAGUGCAGAGGCAGCGGUUGCGGCAUCCAGUCAGCUUGGAUGUCUGGUCCCUGAGCCUGGGGAAACUAUCGUUGAUAAUAUUUGUUGAUAAUAUUGGGGAAAACAGCCCUUAACUCGGGGGUUUUGCUGUCUGUCCUCUUGUCCAAAGCAGACUUCCAGGACUCUGAAGAAACAGUUACGAACAGGAUGCUUUUCCCCACCUCUGCGCAAGAAUCUUCCCGUGGCCUCCCAGAUGCAAAUGACUUGUGCCUUGGCCUGCAGUCCCUCAGUCUGACAGGCUGGGACCGACCCUGGAGCACCCAAGACUCAGAUUCCUCAGCCCAGAGCAGCACACACUCGGUACUGAGCAUGCUCCAUAAACCGCUGGGAAAUGUCCUGGGAAAACCCCCCUUGAGCUUCCUGCCUCUGGACCCCCUUGGGGCUGACUUGAUGGACAAGUUUCCAGCACCCUCAGUGAGAGGAUCCCGUCUGGACACCCGGCCCAUCCUGGACUCCCGUUCUAGCAGCCCCUCUGACUCAGACACCAGUGGCUUCAGCUCUGGAUCAGAUCAUCUCUCAGAUUUGAUUUCAAGCCUUCGCAUUUCCCCUCCUCUGCCCUUCCUGUCUCUGACGGGGGGUGGUCCCAGAGACCCUUUAAAGAUGGGGGUCGGAUCCCGGAUGGACCAAGAGCAAGCUGCUCUCACUGCAGUCACACCCUCCCCAACCAGUACAUCAAAGAGAUGGCCUGGAGCUUCUGUGUGGCCAUCCUGGGACCUUCUUGAAGCUCCCAAAGACCCCUUCAGCAUAGAAAGAGAGGCAAGGCUGCACCGGCAAGCUGCAGCUGUGAAUGAAGCCACUUGUACCUGGAGCGGCCAGCUUCCUCCCCAGAACUACAAGAACCCCAUCUACUCUUGCAAGGUGUUCCUAGGAGGUGUUCCCUGGGAUAUUACAGAAGCUGGAUUGGUUAACACCUUCCGUGUUUUUGGCUCUUUGAGUGUGGAGUGGCCUGGUAAGGAUGGCAAGCACCCCCGGUGUCCUCCCAAAGGCUAUGUGUAUCUGGUCUUUGAACUAGAGAAGUCUGUCCGGGCCUUGCUUCAGGCAUGUUCUCAUGACCCGCUGAGCCCAGAUGGCCUGAGUGAAUAUUAUUUCAAGAUGUCCAGCCGAAGGAUGCGCUGCAAGGAGGUGCAGGUGAUCCCCUGGGUCCUGGCUGACAGCAACUUUGUCCGGAGCCCGUCUCAGAGGCUUGACCCCAGCAGGACAGUGUUUGUCGGCGCUCUGCAUGGGAUGCUCAAUGCUGAGGCCCUGGCAGCCAUCUUGAAUGACCUAUUUGGUGGAGUGGUGUAUGCUGGGAUUGACACAGAUAAGCACAAGUAUCCCAUUGGGUCUGGUCGUGUGACUUUUAACAACCAACGCAGUUACCUGAAAGCAGUCAGUGCAGCUUUUGUGGAGAUCAAAACCACCAAGUUUACCAAGAAGGUUCAGAUUGACCCCUACCUAGAAGACUCUCUGUGUCACGUCUGCAGUUCUCAGCCUGGUCCUUUCUUCUGUCGAGACCAGGUCUGCUUCAAGUACUUCUGCCGGAGCUGCUGGCACUGGCGGCACAGCAUGGAGGGCCUGCGCCACCACGGCCCACUGAUGCGGAACCAGAAGAACCGAGACUCCAGCUAGAAGAGCUGGCCCUGCCCGGUGGCGCCCAAGGCUGGCACGUCAGGCAGCAGCCUGCACCACCUCGCCACUGGUGGCCAGGGAGCUGGCUUCCCGAGGACAAGGGAAAAUUGUAGUCACCUUUGCACUUGCUGAAUCUGUCUUUGUUUCUGCACUAAUUAAUGCACAAUGAGUUUUGUCCGGUUUUGUUUUCAGGGGUUAUGCCAGGGCUAGGACCGUCUGGCUCACCCUCCAAGCAACUCUGCAGUUUUCCCAGAUUUUAGUUCCUCAUUUUGCCGAUGAAAAGCAAAAAAAGAACUACGUGUCCAGAAGGUGUUGACACGGAUGCCUACAUCUAGGUUUAUUUAUUAAAAGCGCUUUUUUACAUUCCUUGCAAUACUGAUGGUGAUGACGCACAGGUCUCAUUGGUUUCAUUCUUGCAGUUGCCAUACAGUGCCUUUCCAUUUAUUUAACCCCCACCUGAACGGCAUAAACUGAGUGUUCAGCUGGUGUUUUUUACUGUAAACAACAAGGAGACUUUGCUCUUCAUUUAAACCAAAAUCAUAUUUCAUAUUUUACGCUCGAGGGUUUUUACCGGUUCCUUUUUACACUCCUUAAAACAGUUUUUAAGUCGUUUGGAACAAGAGAUUUUUUUCUUUCCUGGCAGCUUUUAACAUUAUAGCAAAUUUGUGUCUGGGGGACUGCUGUUCACUGUUUCUCACAGUUGCAAAUCAAGGCAUUUGCAACCAAGGGGAAAAAAAAAAUAGAUUUUUUUGUUUAUUUGAAACUGGGCCAGAUAAACCGUGUUUGAAUGGCUGCUGUAUAUAGUUUUAGAUGGUUUACUGCACCUUCUUAAGUUGCACUAUGUCGGUGGGGGGGGGAGGGAGGGUUGAUAGAAGUUUUUAAUCACAAAGUCACAGGACAUUUUUCUUUUUGUAACUGAGCUAAAAAGGGCUGCAUUUUGGUGGGGGCAGAUGAAGGCUCACAGGAGCCCUUUCUCCUAGAGGGGGCAAGUUACCUUUCCCGUAUCAUUUGAGAAAUGUAUGAAACAACAGUUGCAGUCGACUGAAAUGCUACUGGAAUUUGAAAACUUGACUUUUCUUUUUUUUUUAAAUUACUUGCCCCUCUUCGGGAAGCUGUGUGCCAAAGAACCAGUGUCAUAACCCCCCCUUCUCCUCCCUCCUGCUGAACUGAUGUUGCAUUGUUGCAUAUCCCAGCUACUCUGUGGGUUUUGUGAAGCUGUGUGUGAAGUCUCUACCUCAUUGUAGUAUAUGCAGGCAAGACUGCACUCUCCUACAGAUGUGUGGAGUAAGCUGUGGUGUAGUUUUUUUGGCACAUAAUAAACACGUUGCAGCAGAGUUCUGGUCUUGUCUCUGUGUCUGAGGUGUGGGGGCAGUGGGGCAGUAAGAUUCUAGAGUAAGAACUCUUGAUUCCUUGGGUUUUCUAUGGUGGGAUUCCACCCCAGGAUGGUGUUGGGGGUCAUUUUGGAGACGUGCCCUUGUGAGUGAGUACUUCUGGGGUCACUUCUGUGGUCAGA